UACCGCUCCUCCUCCCUCCGUAAAAGCUAAGCAAUCCGCGACAUUUUAACUCUUUUUUUCUCUCUCUGCUCCAUCAUUCCAUCCAUCACAGUACAUCGCUCUUCCCCUCCCGUCUCCUCCUCAACUCUGUCAGCUUAGGUUUCUUCACCCACAAUGGAGACAACCACCGAAUCCCCCAGGCGACUGAGCAGCGCCUCAUCCUCGCCGGAGUUCGAGUUCUGGAAGCUCAGAAACCCCCCUUCCUCCAACCCACAACUCUCUCUCCUCUCCGCCGAAGAACUCUUCGCCGACGGCAUCCUCCUCCCCCUCCACAACCACCCCCUCAUCCCCACUUCCCGAAUCAAGCCCGUGCAGGGGGGAUCUACCUGGGCCGAAGCAAUCCCGUAUGGCAGAUCAGAAGACGAGCUGUGCCGUCGGGGAAGAAGGAUAAUGGCGGAGCGGGAGUCAGCAGGGUGCUUAAUCUUAAUGUCAACACGUGCAUUGGGCAUCAGAGGACUGCGAGCUGCCGGGAUUGUGAGAAGGAGGGCGAGGUGUUUGCAGAUGAUCGGAGUCGCAGUGGAGGCGGCGGUGAUGCGGAUGGAGGAGGAAGAGGAGGAGAAGUUGAGGGUAAUGGCGGUCUCUUUAACCUUAAAGCUAUCUUUACUAGGAAGGUUUAUUGAUCUGUAAGGCUUCAAGUUCCAUUUUUUAUCUGUGUUUUCUUCUUUUCCUUCCACUCGCUGUAAAUCGGAUCGCUUGUAGUUGUGCCUGCUAGUUUUGCCUAUCUUAAUGGAAGAUUAUUUUAUUUUU